AUGGCGGCCAAAUCGCCUACGGCCAGUGUGAGGUCGCGGGAAAUCAUCGGAGUGGAGCAGUUCAGUCAGCGGCGCGAGGUGUUCGACAGGUACGACACUGUGUUCGUGCCCGUUCCGUCGCCAACUACGCCAACGCCGGCUUAUAGGGAGGUCGAGCCGAUAGUGACGUCCAACCACGGGAAGACCACGGCCAAUUUCAAACGCAACACACCCGGAUACUCCAGCAUGCGGGAGACACGGAGCGAGGAGCACAACCACUUCGAUUUCCGGCCGCGAAAGUACUCAGACAACUUCACGUCCGAGCUUAACCAGAGCGAUGACGUCGACUACAGGCACAGCAUGACGGAGAGAACGAGGCGGCUGUCGAAGCUGCGCAGGGAUUUCCUGAACUCGAACCUGCACGAUCCCAGCGGAAGCCCGCAGUUCACCCGUGGCGGUGUCCGUGCGUCGAUGCCCACAAACAACGCGUCCCCGGUGAAAUAUAAAAUUGAAAGCCCCAAUUUAUUUAAGUUCCCGUUUGCGGAGCCAUACUCGACACCGACGCCAGUGCGCAGAGUUGUUGUAGACCUGGGCUCACCCGAGGUAGACGGGAAAGAAAACCAAGAUCCGGCAGAAAAAAGUAGACAUCAAAGCCUGCCUAAUCAUGAGGUGUCUUCUAAAAUUGACCAUCAAAAACUUUUCGAAGAACUAGUAAAGCGUUAUUCACCUCAGCGCAAACCUAUUGAUUGGAAAAUACCACCGACAAGACCCCGAGUGGUGGCCUCCGUUCCUAAAUCGAAUUCGAGCGUUGCCGAAAGUGUUGAUAGUGUCGAUAAAAAAGCCCCGGACGAGAAAUUGAACAGCACCGAAAACGACGAUGUCUUUGAAAACAAAAGCGCACAGUCUGAGAGGGAAAACAAUAACGAAACGUUAAAUCAGUGUCAAAAAUUCGUUGAAAACGGACCUGAAAUAUUAAUCGAAGGGAACGGAAAAAACAAUGAUUUGCAAAAUAUGGAAAAAAAUAAAAAUGGGAAUGGAUUGGAGACCUCCUUGAUGGAAUUAGCAGAGAAAAAUGAUAGAGUUCCUGAAUUAUCGGCUGUACAACAGCAAUUUAAUAGAGACAUUAAAAAGCAGCCUGUGGAAACGGUGACUGAUUUAACGAUUCCGGCUUUAAUAGAGAAGAUGACGAUGGAAGGCGACAACAUAGAAAACAACGAGAAAAUAAAGAAAGUUAAAAGAAAGAGGAGUUUCUUAGACAAACUUUUAGGUCGUAAUAAGGAAAAG